AUGGCUCCAAUGAGCCCCUGUGUGGCCACUUGUCUCUUUGCUGCCUGCCUCUGCCUUUGGAGAGGGUAAGUGAUUCACUGAGGUGCGGUGCUGUGGUGGUGGGAAUGAAGCUGUCCCAGAAAUUGCUGCCCCUGUCCUGCUGGGGAUACUGAACAGCCAGGAGAAUGGCACUGGUGUGAUUAUGUGGGGCUAAUGAGGGUCCCUGGUGUGGAAGGGCAUUUAUCUGCCCAGUUGGCAUCGUGCUUGCUUCUUCAUUACUACAUCAGUGUGCAGCAAGCAAUAUGCCAAGGACAAACUGUACAGCUGUAGCCUCUCCUCGGUCAGCUUCCUCUGUCCCUGCUUUCCCACUGGAUUUUUAAAAUGUGAUGCCUGGAUUUUCCACGAAAGCAGUGAGUUUAGAGGGUUAAAGCUGAGGGAAUAUGUAGGCGGAAUUCCUGGAACACAUUUCUGAUGAUCGCUGAGGACAUGUCUCUUCACUCUUUUUGGAUCCAGGGCCGACUUUUAACCCAAACAUGCAUUUGGGGACCCAUUUCUUAUAUGCCAUCUACUUGUGUGAGGAUAGUGCUCCUGUUGUGCCCCAGCUUGGAUCAUGGCACAGCCCACCAGCUGAAGACCAGUAGCUCAGGAUGAGUUAAUGAUGGUCUGCGUGGAUUGUUUGUGAUUAUGAGGUGGCACGGGUCUCUUCUAAACCUCCAAGAGUCAAACAUUCUCUAUGACUAGGUGGGGUGUGAGAGAGUCAUUACCUGCAGGCAUUUCUCUACUCGGUUGUAGAUGACCAAGCAAGGGGCUAAGCACAAGCUUAUGCUAAUAUGUGCUGGAGGGUCUCAGCUGGACAGUAGCUGAACGAGUGGACACCUGUGCAUGGAAUGAGAGUUUCUUCCUCUGUGGGGGUAGUGCUAAUGGGCUAUCCCCAUCUUGACCACAUGAGGUAGUGAUGACCACCAAUUUGGAUGGAAAUAAUAAUAAUAACAAUAUUUCUAUAUUGUUUAUAUUUUUAAGAGGGGGGAAUCUCAAAGUGGUUUGCAACUUUGAAAGAGGAUUAGAGAGAUUCAUGGAGGAUAAGGCUCUUAAUGCCUCUGAGUCCUGAUGGCUCUAUUAGCUCUGAGCUCAGCGGCAUGCUGGGGAACCGAAGCGGGAGAGGACCAUGUUCUGCUUGUAGCCUUCCCAGAGGUGUCUGGUUGAACUGCGUGGGAACAGAGUGCUGGACUAGAGAGGCCUUUGGCCUGGAUCCAGCGGGGCUGCUGUUAUGUUCUUAUGCUCAGAUGCUUUGAGGACGCUUCACGUUCACGAAAGGAGAUGGUAUCGCAGCCCUUUGGAAACUGAUUCAUCGCGGUUUGCAUUUUUGUAGCCUUGCUUUAUCAGAUGUGUAUGCGGACUGAGGGCUGUGCUCGCACUGACACAGCAGCAUAUAGACAUAAAGUGUACGUUGACAUAACAUGCCAGCAACGCCUGCCUUUUUGGGUGGUGUGUCAUUGGCAUGUUGUGUAACAUGGGUGGAAGCUUUAUGCAUUCCCAGAGUGGCUUGGGAACAGCCACAGCAGAGGCAGCUACCAUGCCACUACAGGCAAUAUGUAAAACCAGGGCGGGGUCCUUUCAGGUGUUGCUGGACUCCGGCUCCCAUCACCCCCAACCAUUGGCCAUGCUGGCUGAGGCUGAUGGGAGCUGGAGUCCACCAGCAUCUGGAAGGCCACAGCUUCUUCAUUCCUGAUGCAAAGUGACCCUGAGAGAUGUUUUGGAGAUGUAGGCUCUUAUCUGUGAAUCAGUGAAGAUCGCCCCAGGCCACAAUCAGCCAGGCACAGUACAGUUCUAAGCAUGUUUACUCUGAUGUAAAUCCCACCAAAUUUAACAAGGCUUAUUCCCAAGUACCUAUGCACAUUAUUGCAGCAGCCCAGCACAAUCCUAUGCACAUUUACUCUUAAGUAAAUUCUGCUGUUUUUUAAUGGGCCUUUCCUUCAGGUUGCAGUCCCCUGCCCACUUCGCUUAGGAUACUGUCAAGUGGGACUUACCUCUGAGUAAACAUGCACAGGAUUGCCAAGUUGGUAUCUAAGCUGCAGUAGUGGUUCUUGUUGGUAUAAAGGAAGGAAGGAAGGAUUCACAGGUUCAAAAGAAGGUCCCUCUGAGCAUCAUAAACUGGAUGCAUGUGACAGCCACAAGGGCUUAGUGUGGCAACAACCCUGCACACAUGGAUGAUGAAAUCAAUUGGCCCCAAUUCUGUACAGGGAGAACGUUCUAUAAUGUUUGACUCCCAUAUUUCUGUUUAGAGUAUGAUUAGAUAGAUCUAUCAUGUGCCCUUAGGGGCUGAUUUGGUCCUCUUGUGAUGAGAGGCCCUAAGACAAGUGCCCCACUUAUGGAAAACUCCUUCCCGUGGGGCUUGUUGUGAGAAAUGCUUGAUGUUUGUCUGGGGUAAUUUUCCGGGAGAGGGUGUGUGAUCAGAGGGACUGCCACUGAUCUCUCUGUGUCAGCUGGGAGCAAUAGCUGGAGCUGCACGUGAAAACGACCUGAGGAUGUCCCUCUCCACUGGGUGGUUGCUAUGGUGGCCCCUUCUGAUCAGGAAACUUGGCUCCAUUUCCCUUUCCCACAUCGACAUGUCUGUGUCUGCCACUGCCGGGGUUAUUCCUGCUCCUCCUUCUGUUGCCACGGAGACACCCUGUGUUAGAUCUGGGAGGGGCUUCUCUGCUUCUGUCAGGGGAACAUCUCCCUCCCACCCCCUCUUUGGGUGCUGAGCCGCAGGGUGAUGCUUUUGAUCUCCAACCUGGCUUUCAUCUGGUGCCAGUGAGGGGGGUGGGGGGGCAGGCAGGGAAUUUCCCCCUGGAUACUCGCCCACCCAGGUGCACUGAUCUCUCCCUCAGGCAGUAGAGUUGGGCUGGACUGCCACAAGGGUUUUGCACGACCCUCCACACAUGUGUGAUGAAAUGCAUUGGCCCCGAUUCUGCUUGAGGUGUGGGACCCGUCAGGUUUAGCAGAAACGUAGGAGUUGUGCUUCCUAGUCAUUCCCUCUCUCCCUCCCGCCUUACCUGAGAAUGGAAUGAAAUGGAGAGGUUGUAGCGCAAAGAUUGGAGUCCUAGGGGCUAAGGUGGGUUUUUCUGCAUCUGGCUGAGAUCAAUGGGUCAGAGAGCGGGCAGGGAGGGGGAAUAGCAUACAUAAUUCAAUGAAGGAGGGAAAAGAACAAUUUAACUUCAUUCCCAGCUCUAAAUUGGAAGCUAUAUAUAUCUGAAUGGAUCUGUAUGUUUCAGGGGAUAGAUACAGAUAUGGUGGCACCCCCAAAUUUCUGGUGGUGUCCACAGAAUUUUGCACAGAAGCCCCUCCUCUUUCAGAGGUCUCCCCUACCCUGCAUUCCUGCAGAGACGCAUGGAACUGAGAUCCUGGCUGAUCCAGACCCUGGAGAGACCUCCCUGGAGGAAGGGGCGUGAUGGGGCUCCCACACGGCACCCUGUUCCCACUGAAGACAUAGAGAAACCAAUCCAAAGACAACCUGUAGAGCCCCAUCUCUGAGAUGCCUCACCUGGACACAUCCUGCCCCCCCCCCCAAAUCCCCACUCCAUGACCCCAUCCUGAGCCCUGCCUUUCUCUGCAGUUCUCUCCUACCCUCCUUUAAGCCUUGGGCACAAAGGGAGGCUGCGAAGCUGAUGGGAAAGCCAAAGCCACAGGAGCCUGUUUGGCUUCCAGACAACUCUGACCCUUCUACUCAGAAGGAAGGAUCUACCCAAGAGGAAGUAGAAUGACCCUGCAGAGGACCUGGUAGAGACAAUGGCUACAUAAGUCCUUCAGUCUCCUCUGGACUUUGCUGGUUCAGAGCUCCUUAAUGCUCCGGUCUCUUUGCUCCAGAUCCAUUGUUGACUCCAGCUAAAGCUUCCACAUCUGGUGCUAGUGAUGGACCCAGGCCCAGAGAAUUUGUAGAUACGCUGUGCUAUUGCCCAGUUUUUUUAGGCCAUUGUAGCUGAUUUUGUCUAGCCAAGGACUCGGGUAGCUUACUCCAUGCCCAGAUGGAUGGGUGUACUUUUAUCUAAGGGGCACCCAAUCUCAAUUAUGGAGCUUCCAUCGUUUAGCAUUCUGUUUUGCCCACUGUGUUCGCUCCUGUCUGUUAUGAUCUGUGGGUGAGGCAGUAAGUAGCCUCUGCCUUUCUGUCUCUCUCUCCCCUCCUCCUCUUUUGUCCCCAAAGCCAAGUUCCUGCUUAAUUCCUCUGUUCUCCUACAGGAUCGUGGGCCAUGACUUCCUAGGCCCAAGGGCGCUGGCUGAACCUGUUCUUACUCCCAACACCAUCUGCAUGACCCUCCCCUGGCUGAGCCGGCGCCAACUUGGGCUCUGCACCCGCAGCCCAGAAGCCAUGGCUUCAGCUCUGCAAGGCAUCCACCUCGCCAUCCAUGAAUGCCGGCAUCAGCUGCAAGAGAGGCGGUGGGAUUGCUCGGACUUGAGCAGUAGCGGCACCAUGCUUCUCAACAGCGCUGUUCUGAAGAGAGGUGAGGAGCUUGAGAGGAUACUUGCCGUGUGAUGUGAUUUGACACUUUCCUCUUCUUCUGUUGGAGUCUGUAAGCAAUAAAACCAGAACUUGAUUCAUGCCUUGCUAUCAUUGCUGCACACUCCUUCGCCUCCCCACUGGCCCUCCCUCUAGGAGCUGACUCAGUGCCCCCUUUCCCCUCUUGUGACAACAGAAAUGGAGCCAAACACUCCACUACAAAUGGAGGGAAAGCCAAAGAAGGUCUUGCUGUCACUUGACAAGUCACAGGAGCAAGGAGGCCCAUAGAAGGCCCAGGGAGUUACAGUGGUAAUUCCAAAACAGUGUGCCAUGAAAUCCUUGCUAGCAUGCCACAAGAAAUAAAUGAACUGGAUGCAAAAGGCUGGUUGAGCCAGAAGAGCCCAGUCACAGAAGAGGCUGCCUGCUGCAUCCCUGUAUGAGUCACCAACCAGCCUCUGCUGUGAAUGGUGAUUCUGCUCUGUGCUCUUUUUCUGGGGUUACUCAGGGGUACGCGGUACCAGCACCUUUUUUUCUAGAAGAAAAACACUGGCUGAAAGGGUGGCACUUAGUGUAGCAACUUCAUGGGGAGUGGCCUUCUCGGUAGUGGCUCCCGCCCUCUGGAACGCCCUUCCAUCAGAUGUCAAGGAAAGAAACAACUAUCUGACUUUUAGGACACAUCUGAAGGCAGCCCUAAUAAGGGAAGUUAUAAUGUUUGAUGUUCUAUUGUGCUUUUGUUGGCAGCCGCCCAGAGUGGCUGGGGAAACCCAGCCAGAUGGGUGGGGUAUAAAUAAUAAAUUAUUAUUAUGAAGAAAAUUAUAAUACCAGCACCAUUUUUUUCUAGAAUAAAAGCACUGAUCCUGCUACUUCUCUGCACUGAGUGCAGUUGGAUCGUUUAGUUACGCGCGGUGCAGGAUUCACAGCAGAAUUUAUCGCUCAUCAAGGAGGCUGCACCCAGCAGCUCUGCAUGUCACCUCUGGGCUUUCCUCCUUCAAAUCGGGAGGCAUUGCGCCAGAUCACUGACACAUGAAAAGCAAUGCAUCUGGCUCCUCUGGCGAUGCACCAGGAGUUCUGUCCUGGUGUGCAAGUGUGCCCUGGCUAUAAAAGUGACAUGUACUUCCAGUUUUAAUUUGUGGGGUGAAGGGAGUACUCCAGCUGUGUCAAGUUUGGGGAACACUGAGCUACACCCAUCAUGUCAGGAGAACAGGAUAUCAUCAUCAUCAUCCAUUGUUCACCAGUAGUCAGGGAUUCCUGGUGCUUAGACCUGAUUUGCUUGACAUUGUUAUUCCUAGUACAGUGGUACUUCGGUUUUCAAACGUCUUGGAAGUCGAACGUUUCGGUUUCCAAACGCCAAAAACCUGGAAGUGACUGCUUCGGUUUUCAAAUGCACCUUGGAAGUCAAACAGGAAACACGACUUCCACUGAGUGCAAGGACCUGAAGCUUAGCUGUCGGUUGUUGAGUUGUGGUUUUUGAACGUUUUGGAAGUCAAACAGUCUUCUGGAACAGAUUAUGUUUGAAAACCAAGGUACCACUGUACCAAAUUAAGGCAGGGAGUGCCUGGCGUGCUAUGGUCCAUGGGGUCCCAAAGAGUCAGACAUGAUUAAAUGACUAAACAACAAGAAAUCAGUAGUGGAGGGAGGUCCCAUUCCCUAAACUGUCUGUGGUUGAAGUCUCUCUCCCUCAAGAGAAUUCUUGGGCCAGGAGUAACAAUAAAUGUACCUUAAGGAUAAGAACGAGGGACGCGGGUGGCGCUGUGGGUUAAACCACAGAGCCUAGGGCUUGCCGAUCAGAAGGUCAGCAGUUCAAUGCCUGCUCCUGCCAACCUAGCAGUUCAAAAGCACGUCAAAGUGCAAGUAGAUAAAUAGGUACCACUCCGGCAGGAAGGUAAAAGGCGUUUCUGUGCGCUGCUCUGGUUUGCCAGAAGCGGCUUAGUCAUGCUGCCCAUAUGACCCAGAAGCUGUACGCCGGCUCCCUCGGCCAAUAAAGCAAGAUGAGCACCGCAACCCCAGAGUCGUCCGCGACUGGACCUAAUGGUCAGGGAUCCCUUUACCCUUUACCUUAAGGAUAAGAACAGACUGGGUGGUGGUGAGAGGGCUGGCCCCAAACAUGUUACUGCCUGAGGCAAAGAACAAAAUGUCACCCCCUCCCCCAAGUCCACACAGAGAAGCUGACCGGUCUUGCAUUGGAAUUCAACCCUAAUGACUGUCAGGCUUUGGGGAAUCUGAUUCCUCCCAAGGUGGCAGGCAAGAAGCAGAUAAGCAAGAACAAUUCUUACCAAGUAUUUUAUUCAAUAUUCACAGAGAAUGUAGAAAUGCCAUCUAUCUCAGAUAAUGGCGUUGCUCCGAGUAAAGUCCCACUCUCUCUGUCUCUCCUAUUAUACAUCAUCCCUACAUUGCCUGAUCAGUGCUUUCUGCCUCUGAGCUUUCUGUUCUCCUACUCUCAAUGGACGCUGGGUCCUGGGAGAGGGGGGUCAGGAAUGCUUUCCAAAGACACUGAGUCUGUCAGCUGUCUCUCCUCUGGUGCUGCUGCUUCUUCCUGCUGCUCUCCCAAUAUUUCCCAGCCUCUCCCCUCUGCAGCCUCUGAACUAUGACCUUCUGCAAACCGGUGCUGUAAAUCUAUACUGUCCUCCUCCGGAAGGUGCAGGAAGUGUGGGGGGGGGGCAGUCCCCACCAUUCCUCCUCACUCCAAGCCCUGACAGUGACUGGAUGGUGUCCACAACAGGCUGUGCUGCCACUGCAGUUCUGUCCUCCCUUACCUUGCUGUCCAUCUCCACACCUGCCGCCUAAGAUGAGCCAGUUCCCAGGGCCUGCCUCAGGGCUGGUGUGAGUAGCUAGCAUCUUUGGAAAACUGCUAAGACUUCAGAGCCUGAAUAUGGCUUCUCCUGAAGCCUGCUGCCACUAUGGAGGAGGAGAAGGACGAGCAACCAUCUUUUUAGUCAGGUUUUAAAAAUAGAAUUGGGCUUGUACUCCACUUGCUUGUUCAGAGAAGUUGUUAGUGGGUGUUGUUGUUUACUAUUUUUUGUUGGGAGCCGCCCAGAGUGGCUGGCGCAAGCCAGUCAGAUGGGUGGCAUCACUGAAUAACUUUUUCUGAACAAGAGGUUUAUAAAUUUUCCAACUAAAUGAACACCUGCGUGCUCUCUUAUCCUGAUGAGGACUGGGCAUCCCUCAAGGAGUUGGGCCUGCUUCACUCGGCCGAUUCCCCUGAGCACUGCCCUGCCACCUCCCCAUUUGCCACUGUGCCCAUUCCUGCUCCUUUCUGCCACUGGCUGCUCACUUUUCUUCCUGCCUUUUAACUCGAAGGCACAUUUAUUGUUACGACUUAAUAGCUGGGUGCCAAUCCUGAGUGAAGGGGUGAUUUGUAGCAGAUGGCUUAGCCAAAACUAAGGAAAGGGAACUCCUCCUGGUUUUCUGACUGAUGCUCCUAGCCACCCUUGCCACUUGCCCACUGGGGCGGGCAGACAAUUGGCAACAGUAAACAACAGAUAAUACUGAUGCCUGCCCUCUCUGCCUGUGCAGCUGAUAUGGAGGAGGAGGCAGUGACCUGGUUGGUGGGACAGGGUGGUGGGAAGCAUCUGAGUGCAUCUUCCCACCCACCCACCAAUACACUUAGAUCCUGUCUGCUCUGCCCUGCCUGCCUGUCUUCAUGAACACCACCCCUGGCUCUUUCCCCUUGAACCUACUGCAGGCACCUUUUCUUGAUUGCACCUUUCCCUGGUUGCAGAUGUAGUGGCCAACACCUGACCCUAGAGGCAAGUUGGCCGGGAGCUCCUUACUUUGGUCCUCUGGAUCUCUUUGAUUAAUUCAGCUUUGAAGGAGCCAUUUCCAAAUUUAAAUCCAAGAUCAAAGUGAGCCCCUGGGCAGGCAAGAGCUUCAUCAAGCUGCAACCCAUGCACCUGGGCUCUGUGCCUUUGCCUGGUGUGUCAUGGAGGGUGGCGGUGGGAGUUUGGCCCGGCUCAUCAGGAUCUCAGGCAGCAUCAGAUGGGAAGACGGUAGGAAAGUGAGGAUCAAUAACAGAAAGGCUUUGGCUGAUCAAGAAACAAACCGGAAAGGUAAAUCAGGAUUAGUGGAGACGAAGGGCUGGAUGAUGGGAUGAUGAGGAAGAGGCUUAAUUUACUUGAGGGAAGAGGGCUAAUCUCCACUACGAAAGAAACCUGCAUUGAUUUUAAGAAAAUACCAAUACUGCUAAGCCUGAACAGAUCAGGAUCUAAGAUUGCUUCCAGACGACCAGUUUAAUGAGCCCUCAGCCUGAUUUGUUUGUGGGGAGAUUGUGUCAUGCGAGUGUUAAUCCCACCCUUUCCAUUGCAUCCUCUCUUCCCCCAUAGUCAUUUUUCUUGUUGGAAAAAGUCUGAUAUUUUGGGGAAGCGGAUAUGUUUUACACAAGCUCCAAAUCAGCUUUAAUUGUGCUGCCUUAAUUUGCUGGGGUAUGACUGAAUCCAGCCUGAGAAUCAUGACUGCCUAUAAGCUCCCUAGGACUGCAACCCACAUUUACCAUCGAAAUCCAUUGGUGCUUGCUUCUGCGUGGACAUGUCUAGCAUUGCACUGUAGAAGAUCAAACCUGUACUAUGGAUUGGCUUAUUUAUAAUAACCCCAGGGAACCUUGCGAAUUGUAGUUCUGUGAGGGGACAGCUAGGCAUCUUUCAACUCCAGGACAAACUGCCGUCCUUGCAGGGUUCUUUGGGAAAACCCUGACAGUGACAUAAACAUGCCACUUCUAGGAUCAUACACAACCCUAUUUAAUUUAAAAUUACUAGAUAUUUUAAGGUGUGCCUGCCCAGCCUGAAAGAUUGUGAAUGGUCACAGUAGUUAGUUGCUAAAAUCACGGUCACACACAACCCCAACCAGUUUAAUCCCAGCCCAGCCCACGUAAAAAAACCCUUUGUGGUGGUCUGAAAAUACUGGGAGAUUUUGGCAUCCUGCCCAGGGAAGGGCACUCUCUCGUUUUGGGUAGCCGCUGACAUUCUAACUUGGCAUACGAAUGGCAUUACUAAGAUGAUGUUCUCAGCUGAUCUAAGCAUGGCUCUAUAUACACUGUGACCUCACCGCACAAGCACAGAAUUUAAUCCUGAAAAGCUCUGCUUUCUGUUUUUCGACUACUCCAGAUGAUCUUUUUAUUGAGCAUUAGUUUGCUGACAGAUUAAACAACAAUGGCUGUUUAAUGAGCAUUUAUUCUGAUUUGUUUGCAGGGAGGUUAGAUGAUGUUGCAUCAAAGCAGCCGUUAUCCCACAUUUUCCAGUGCUUUUCCCCAUCCCUUUCCAUGUCCCAAAAAGUCCAGCCUUCUAGAGCAGAUGUUCUGCGGCUCAAGACCUCCCAAUCAACUAUAAUUGCACAACUUGAAUUUGCUGGUGUGACUAAAUCCCACCCCAAAAUAACGACAGUCCAAAAGCACCCUUUGCUUUUUUUAAAAAAAGUAAAGCUCCUAGCCCUCAGGACUGUGAAAGCAGGGUUAAAACUGGGUGUGUAAUACCUGAGGAAAUCACAGAAGCCAGACAAUGAGGGAUUGAGCAGGAAUUCUAGUGGCUAAAGGAGGAGUGUCCUGCAUAGCUGUUUCUGUUACUUUCCUGCCCUGAAUAGAAUAAGGAAAAGAAAUGAUGAGAAAUUAGCAAUUAUGUGCAGAAUGUUUGACUAGAUUUGUACCAGAUGCAGAAUUUGUCUAUCUUGGUUCAAGUUCUGGAUUAGCUUAAUCCUGGAUCUAUGUGUGUGGCAGGGCUGGCAGUAGUGGUAGUGCAGAGUCCAGGCAGCCCUGAUUUCAGAGGUCACACAAUGAGACGAGAGAUGAGUCAGUCCCUUUGCUGGAAAAGCCUUUCAGUGUGGAAUGCCCUCUCCAAAGAGGCUCACCUGACAACUAUGUCAGGAUCUUUUUUUCUGUGCCAGAUAAAGACCUUCUCUUUCUCCCAGGCCUCCUGUACCAACCACUAGGUAUUUUAAAACCAUUUCCCCUCGUUCGGUUUUAGUGCUUUUUUUUACAAAAAGAAUGCUUCCAUGUGGAUUUCUGCUGGUUUUACGUUAAUUUUGUGCUGGUUGCAGCUUUUGCAUCAAUUGUGUUUUCCAUCUGCAUGUAACUGAUUUUAAAUUUGUGAACCUCUCGGAGGACAUGGUUGGUCAGCGGUAUAUAAAUGUCAAAAACAAAUAAAUCAACAUGACUGUUGGACACACACAUGCCCAAAAUGUGCAGGGCUAGAUAUCUAGCCAGGCAUCCUUUCUCUCCACCAGUCUCCUUGCAAAUGCUUCCUCGCUUGGUUAUUUGAGCUGCCCUCCAGCUGCAUCUCCAACUCACCCUCUUCCUUCCUCUGUGUCCCCACAGGCUUCCGGGAAAGCGCCUUUGCCUUCUCGCUGCUGGCAGCUGGGGUGACCCAUGCAGUAGCCACAGCCUGUAGCCUUGGGGAGCUGCAGAGCUGCGGUUGCGCCAGGCAAGGCACCGAGACCCAGAAGCUGAAACUCAGCCAGCUGCAGACCCUGAGCCGCGGCAAGGCCUCCUUGUGGGGGGAGCCUGGCCCCCAGGACACCUGGGAGUGGGGGGGCUGCAGUGCAGACUUUGACUAUGCCCAGAAAUUUGCCCGGCAUUUCUUGGACCCUCGAGGGAAACCGCGCGAUGCUCACGCACGGAUGCAGCUCCACAGUCAUCGCGUAGGCAGAAAGGUAGGAGGCAUCCCUGGGGCAGGGCUUUGCUAGCCAGAGUAUCUGGUGUAACUAAAGGGCCGGGCUGGAGUUAGCAGGGAGAAAGGGUCCCCCACGGGGCUGGAUUCCUGAAGGUCUACGCACGCCUUUGUGUUGGCAGCAGUAAACAGGCAAGUACAUAAUCCGGUAUGCAGUGCGCUAUGUGGCAUCCUCAGGAUUCAUGUUGCAAGUCUGCCGUGCUCAUGAUUAUGGAUCAAUCAGCUGAUGGUCCGUGCAGGCAAAAAUGGGUCACUCAAUGUCAUUGUGGCAGGUGGGAUCUCCUAGGAAUCCCGCUGUUUUCCUGUGUGUGUUGUAUUUAAAUAACCAAAUUUGAGUUGGAAGGAUUAGCAUGCCGUAUUGUUCCCAGAUUUGUUCCUGUUCUCUUCUUGAAGACUCUUUGUGGGCACUAGGGGGCUGUAGUGUGCAGGAUCCUGGCAUAGGCAUGAAGUAAAGGUCCGGGUGACUCACCGCCUGAACUUCCAAUAUAGAACUUGAAGGGCAGGGCACCACUGGAACCCAGACUUCUUGUGGAUGCAGAUAAGCGGCAUUCCUCUAUUCUUAUGUCGCUAUGGCAAAUGCAACAGAUGUUUGGUCCACUACCUCCCGAGGGAGUCUGUUACACACACACACACACACACACACACACACACACACAAAAUUGUAUAAUGUUUUGCAUAAUGUUUCAGUGCUGAGGUUGUACAUAAAGACUGAAUAGUUUUAUUUUUAACAGAACUAAAUUGGUAAGACUAACAGCAGAAUAAAGUUUGCCCUAUCCUGAAGGUAGGGAUUCCCUCCCCGUAGGAAAAGAUGCAUUUUCUGAGAUGGAAAACAUUGUGAGCUUUGUGUACCCCAAUAAUGCAAUAACCCCACAACAGAAGGACAUCCUGAAAGGGUGUUGUGUGAUUGUGUGAUUCACGAGAGAAACAAAUGCAUAAGAACAUGAGAAGAGCCUGCUGGAUCAGACCAGUGGCCCAUCUAGGCUAGCAUUCUGUUCUCACUGUGCUCUUUUUUUUUAAAAUGAUAUUUAUUGAGAAUUUUAAAGUUACAAAGAAAAAAGAAGGAAAAAACAAGAGAAAGAGAAAAAGAAAGAAAAAAGUAGAUAAAAGUAACAAUUAAACAAUACAAAAAAUUAAAAAACAAAAUCAAAAAUAAAAACAAAACACACAAUGCAACACAAUCAAAAAACAAAAAUAAACAACAAAUUUAAAAACAAAUCCAGUAUUCCCAAAUCCUUAACUUUCAUUAACUUAUUUCAUCGACCUCCUCACACCUCCCUUUUUUGUAUUCUAGUUGUUAAUUAUCUCAGCAAAUCCUUUCCAUCUUUCACAAUAUUCUGUCAUUAAAUUACCUUAAUCUAUUUUAACCUUAUCUUACCAUAAAAAACCCUAAAACUUAAAACUUAAAUCUUAUUUAUACCAAAUUCUUUUAACCAUAACAUAUUCUUACAUAAUUCUUUUAAAUAUUUCUGCUAAAGCCAAAUAAUUUCAUUCCAACAUUUUUCUAAUACUCAUUAAUUUUACAAUACUUUUCUAAAUAAAUUUUUAAAACUUUCUUCCAAUCUUCAUCCAUCGUCUCUUCUCCUGGUCUCGGGUUUUGUCAGUCCUUUCUAUCCCAUCCAUCUAGUCCAUCAACCUGGUGACCUUAUAUCCGAGGCUCUUAAGUCUUUUCCAUGUCCCUUCCGCAGGUCUUCUUCAUGUUUAUACCUGUACUUUACUUUGUCUUCUGCUCCUUUCACUCUGGGAGACUCCAACUUGACAAUAUUUUUGUCCCUUCUCGACAAGUCAGCCCCUUUUCCAUAGUCAACACUGAAAUCCAUGUGGUAUUUAAAGGCAUGUUUCAAGGCCCCUCCAAAAUUAGGGGCCCCCACAACUCCGAGCUCCCCCCGGCCUAAAGCCAGACUUGAAAAGUCAAAACAUCCCUGCAUAGGGGGGUCCAUCCAGCCCCCCAUCUCCAAACCAAGCAGAACUCCAUCUCUCCAAAUCUGACUUUUUCCAGGUUCAUUCAUCAAAUCCAACGACUCAUGUUCCUGCUGGGCCACAACUCCCUCCAUCUCUGGCACCCGAGGUCCAGCAACAGCCUCCUCCCUCAUCUCAUCUGUCAAAGCACAUUCCUGGAUUAAUUCCUGAGUGGGUUCUAUAUAGGUACCCACUGCCUGUCCAAAAUUUCCUAUCGCAACUGUCAUCAAAUCCAUUUUCUCAUGUAACUGUUCCAAUAAAGCACUUGUCUUGCAAAAGGCAAGCACCAGAGCCUCUGAGCACAUUCUUGUUCAAGGUCGAAGUCUGGUCCCACGAUCUUUAAUCUUUUACAGCUGCAAAACUCCCCAGUUCGACUUUAAUAACAAUUUCACAAGCUCCCUCUAGGGGAAACAAUUUCUAUUUGUAUCCAUCUUUUUUUUCUUUUUUUUUAAAAGCUGAUUUAGCAACAAAGUUUUCCUUUUUCGGAUAUUUUGUCAAUAUUUUGUUCCUUUUAAAAGCGAAAGGGAACAAUGGAAUCAAUAUGUUUCUGUUCUUUUAACUAUCUGUCAAAAACGUUUGUCCGUAGUCAAUGAGCUUCUCCAAAACGUCUGUCUUGACACCCCGCUCCCAGGUUCAAGACGGUGGAAAAUUACCUUUCUUUACUCUCUCUUCUGCAGGUUUAAACAGUCUAAAAAAGGUUCCCCCCUCUUCUCCUGCUUCCAAGGGGGGUUCAGUAAUUUUAAAUGAUGAAAAUUUAGUCCUUUACAAACAACUUUCUGAACUCUAGCUUGCCAUGUCUUUGCUUCAAUCUAUCUACAAAAGCGGAAGGCGGACUUCCUGUUUAGACCUUCACGCUUUCAGUGCCUAAUUAAGAAAUUUCAUAGUCUAAUUUUCUGUUCUACUCACGGGCAGUUGUUUGAAAUCCAAUUGUCCACAGGAAAAAAGUCAGCGCUCUCCAGCAACAGCAAUGCGGCUUCACUCCGUGAAAGAAGCAGUCGAUUCAAAGCACCGCGCCACUCACCCCACGUCGCUCCGGAUCCCCAAAACAGGGUUUCCCCGCGAGUAGGGGGGGCGCAAAGGUGCCAGCCGAAUCCCACGUCCACAGGCUUCUCCCGCCUGUGGUUUUUGAUGGGUCUCCGCCUCGCUGUGGCGGUUCAGACCCUGUUUUCCACGGGGCGGAUUCCUCCCGAUCGGAGGAAAUCCGCCAUUGCCAGAGGCGCCAACCCGGAAGUCCUCUCUGUUCUGGGAAACCAGCAAGCAGGAUUCAAGCCCAAGAGCCCUCUCCCCUCCUGCUGUUUCCAGCAACUGGUUCUGCAGCCUCCGUCUCCCCACGCAGCUGGGAGAGCUAGGAAUUCGGAAGCAUUGCUGGAGGUAAAGCAUAGCAUCAUGGCUUGUAGUCAUCGAUAACCCUCUCCUCCAUGAAUUUGUCUAAUCUUGUUUUAUAGCCAUUCAAGUUGCACACACAGAGCGGCCCUCUAUGCACUGGAUGCCAAAAAAAAAAAAUAGUAAAGAAAAAAUGAGUUAGAUGAAAUCGUUAUAGAUUGUUGUGGUGAUUCAGAGAUUUAAUCGGAAAUCAAACUGGAUUUGAAUUGGUUGGUGUCUCUGGUACCAUCUCUUUCCCUGCAGCAGGAAGCGCCUCCAUUUUUGUGUUGUGAUGUGAUUAGAUGCUGGAGAAGAUUUUUUAAUAGAUAUUAACCUUCCUCCCUCAUGUUUGUGAGUUCAGCAGAGUGCUAUCCCUUUGCAGCUUAAAGGGAAGCUUUAAGCUUUUAAGGCAGACUGUAUUUUCCUGGUAUUGACCCCUUUUCUCCCCCUUAACCAUCACAUAAACCCUUGUAAAAUGUAAAAAUAACAUUUAUUCGCUCAGUGUGCUUCUUGAAGAGUAACAGAUACAGUACAGCAACUUUGUUCAAGUAGGCUUAAAAUGGUAAUUCGUAAGUUGUAUUUAAGUCUCACUUAAAAAUGGAGUCUGAGCUUAGCAGACAUAGGAGCCAACUACUAGUGGCAAGGGGUUUUCGUCCCCCCCCAUAAAAUAUUUGAGGGGGCUGCCCCCCCCAAGUUGAUGGGCAUUGCCAUUCAAAUGAUGUGCGUGCACCGCAUCAUGUGAUCAAUUAUGAAGGGCAGGGCUUAACUGCCCCCCAAUUCAAGUUGGCACCCCUGCUGGCAGAUGUUCUCACAUUGCUGGCAUGCUGGAGAAGAGGCAGGGAGGAGGUUGUAUAACUACACACACUUCCUGUCAGGGCACAAGGGAAAUGAUUUCACAGAGUUCCCUCUAGGAAGUUUACAGGAAAGCUCUGUGAGCCUCAGCCCCUUGGUGCCCCUGUCUGGCAAAACAUGAAUUGUUGAUGCGACUGCAAUACCCCACGUUUUCCUGCAGCUAAUGCUUCGUUCUUGUCCCUUUCCCACCCCGUCCUUGGCAGGUUGUGUCAGAGCUGAGCCAGCGGAGAUGUAAAUGCCACGGCCCCUCAGGGAGCUGCCAGUUCCGGACCUGCUGGUUGGCAGCACCCGAUUUCCGCCGUGUGGGCUCUCACCUGAGGGAGCGAAUGGACCAUGCCAUACUCUUGCGGCCGCACAACAGCAACUCGGGGGCUUUCCGGCCCCGCCUCCAGCGCUCGCGCCUGGCCAAGCACCUCAUCUUCUACGAACCCUCGCCUGACUUUUGCGAGCCUGACCCCAGCCUGGGCUCGCCGGGCACCCGUGGCCGCCCUUGCACCAAGGGCAGCGUCCGGCCUGACGGCUGCAGCAGCCUGUGCUGCGGCCGGGGCCACAAUGUGCUGCAGGAGGUGCAUGCCCAGCGUUGCCACUGCCGCUUCCACUGGUGCUGCCACGUGGAGUGCGAGGAGUGCCCUGCCACAGAAUGGGUGAACGUCUGCAAGUGA